AUGUCUUCCAAUUUUCCCCAAAAUUCUUUCCAAUUUUUUGCUCAAAUUUUCUUUUUUUAUUCUCUCAUUUCAAUAAAUUCGAUAAAUUCAAUGGAAGGAAUUGAUUUAUUUCAAUUAACAACUCUCGACGAUUUUACUUGUUUAAAAGAAAAAUUAUCGGCUAAAUUUGUAAUUAUUCGUGGUGGACGUUCUGUUGGUUUAGUCGAUUCGAAUUUAAUUAAAAAUAUUAAAAAUGCUAGAGGAGCAGGAUUUGAGGAUGUUGAUAUUUAUAUUUUUCCUUGUGUUAAACCAAAAUUAAUUAAAUAUAAAAAUGUUACGUGUGGAAAUGCUAGCGAAACUAUAACUUCAGUUCUUAAUGAAUUAAAUUGUAAUAAUGUAAAAAUUGGCAGAGUUUGGUUAGAUAUUGAAGGCGAACCUGGGGAAAAUAAUAUAAAUCAAACUUAUUAUUGGUAUGAAGACAAGGAAAAAAAUAUUGCAUUUAUUGAUGUAAGGGGGGAUUUUAAAAUAUAUUUGGACCUCAGAUAUCCAAUUAGAUUUGAAAAACCGUAUUGAAUAAUGAGGGAUAGCUUCUGAAGUUAGCUUAUAGUCACGACCAAUCUGAGCAUG